AUGGCUGUCAGUGCUGAUACACUCAAGGUAGUCGUUCAAGAUCAGAACGGGAAUGCUAUAUCAGGAGCAAAAGUACAAAUUGGAAACCAAGAACAAACAACUGACGCAUCCGGAGUUGCUACGUUUAGCGAUGUAACAGGUGCACAGUCGCUGACUGUAACAGCAAUCGGAUUUUCGAGCAAACGCAUUAAUACCACAGCUGGGCAAACCGAAGCGAUAGUCAUCCUUGCUCCCAUCCAAACUAUUGAAUCCGUUGUGGUCGUCGGAACCCGGAGUAUAGGUAGGAGAGCUUUACAAGCCCCUGUUCCAAUAGAGGUCGUUAACAGGGAGCAACUCAGCCUUACGGGUCAAUCUGAAACGGGUCGCGUCCUUCAGAUGUUAGUUCCCUCCUUCAAUUUUUCAAGUUCAAGCAUUAGCGAUGGCACAGAUGCUCUACGUCCGGCAACAUUGCGCGGCUUGGGACCUGACCAGACGCUGGUGCUCGUCAACGGUAAACGUCGCCACAAAAGUGCAUUGUUGCACGUAAACACGUCGGUGGGACGAGGUGCCGCUGGCACAGACUUUAACGCGAUUCCGUCUGCGGCGAUAGAGCGUAUUGAAAUCCUUCGGGAUGGGGCGGCGGCACAGUACGGCUCCGAUGCUAUCGCCGGUGUCAUCAAUAUUGUGCUGAAAGACGAUGUUAAUACAGGCGAUGCCGACACCUAUUGGGGACAAACCUAUGAAGGUGAUGGUGAUACAUGGAACGGUAACGCCAACUACGGUAUGAAAGUCGGUGACUCCGGUUUCCUUAAUCUCACUGCUGAAUGGCGUGAUAGAAAACGAACCAACCGUGCAGGUCUCACAGGCGAACGGCAGUAUGACUGGAUAGAUGUUGAUCAAGGCAGACCACCGGAUGAAAUGCUUGAAAUCGAAAAUGAUGAUGGGACUGUAACCAAGAAACCGGUAUGGUUCGACCCGCGCGAAUACACCUUUGAACGUCAGAACUUCCGCGUUGGAGAUGCCGAUUCGUCACAAAAGGUCGGAUUUUAUAACUUCGGACUCCCGCUCGCCGCGGGUUUAGAACUCUAUUCCUUUGGCGGACACUCUUCACGCCAAAACAACAGUGCCGGUUUUUAUCGCAGAGCCAACCAAGCAUCGCGGACUGUCACCGAAAUCUAUCCCGACGGAUUCCUACCAGAAAUCAAUACCGACGUUGGUGACACCUCUCUCGCCUUAGGUAUGGCAUGGACGCAUGAGGCGACCGACCUGAAUGUCGAUGCCAGCAUUAAUUACGGCUUGAAUACAUUCGACUUUUUCAUUUCCAACUCUCUGAAUGCCUCUUACGGUGCGAGUAGCCCGACUUCCGCGGAUGCGGGUGGAUUUGAGCUCUCGCAAACGGUGUUUAACUUAGAUGUCACCUACCCGUUUGACUAUCAGACCUCGCUGGUGAACCUCGCAGGCGGUGUCGAGUUCCGUCGAGAAGGUUACGGUAUCCACGCUGGUGAACCGCUUUCAUGGAUUAACGCCGGACUUGGGGCACCGGGUGCCACUGGCGGUAUCCAGGUCUUCCCUGGUUUCCGGCCAGACAACGAAGUGGACGAAAGUAGGACGAAUAUCGCAGGUUAUGCUGAUUUUGAAUCCUAUCUUAGUGGACAACCCGGAGCAGGUCUCCUUGUCGGUGCAGCGGUGCGUGGUGAGCAGUAUAGCGACUUCGGUGCCACCGUCACAGGAAAAGCGACGGCUCGCUAUGACUUGACGAAACAGGUUGCGGUCCGUGCGGCGGGCAGCACCGGUUUCCGUGCGCCUUCACUGCAACAACUCUACUUCAAUAACAUUAGCACGCAAUUCUUGGUAGAUGCGACGGAUCUUGAUGGCGACGGAGAUACAACCGAAGUGUUACCACGCGAACUCGGCACGUUCCGUAACGACAGCGAUGCCGCACGUGCACUCGGUAUACCUGAACUCAAAGAGGAGACUGCAUUCAACGUCUCCGGUGGUUUCGUGUUGAAACCGCUUGAGAAGAUGUGGCUCACUGUAGACGGUUUUCUCAUCCAAAUUGAUGAUCGUAUCGUCCUCAGUGGCAGUUUUAGUGCCGACAACAUCCCUGCCUUAGUUGCUGCAGGUGCAAGCAGCGCACAGGCGUUCACAAACGUCGCACAAACACGUACACAAGGCGUUGAUGUCGCUGCGGGUUACUUGUUUGCUUUCGACAAUGAAUCGCUUCUCAAUUUGAAGGUUGCGUUCACAUGGGCAGAUACCGAAGUUAUCGGUGAUGUGGAUGCGCCGGAAGUCCUCAUCGGGCUUGAGGAGACCCUCUUCCCUUCACAGGAUCGCUCCAUGAUUGAGGAGUGGCAGCCGACCACCCGGCUUAACCUGAGUGCGGAUUACAUCAUCGGCGAUCUCAUUAUCGGGGGUGCCUUACGUUAUUUCGGAAGCUACACUGUUCAAGAGGGAAGUGGUGUCGAUCCGGCACGGCAGACUUAUGGUGGAAAAUGGCUUACCGAUAUCCAGAGCAACUAUCAGUUGAAUGAAGGACUUUCACUGACUAUCGGUGUGAACAACCUGUUUGAUCAGUUGCCCGACCUCAAUGAAAUUGGUACCAUUAUUGCGCUGAGCAUCAACUCUGUUCAAAGCCAGAGCGAUAUGGUGCAGCGCGGAAAAUACCUCGUGGACACGGUGGGUGCGUGCGGACAUUGUCAUACGCCACGCGCCGGUGCUGAAUAUAACAUGGACAUGUAUCUCGCCGGGCAUCCAGUGAACGCGCCUUAUCCACGCUACAAUUUCAGCAUGAUGCAACAGGGCAUCUUCAUUCUUACAUCAACGCAAAUGACCGCAUUCUCCGGCCCGUUUGGAACGAGCUUCGCUUCAAACUUGACGCAGGACAAAGAAACUGGGUUGGGCGAAUGGACAGAGGAAAUGUUCAUCCAAGCGAUGCGUACUGGACUCCAUCAAGGCGUGGCAGGCAAUCGGAAGAUCUUUCCACCGAUGCCGACAAAGCAUUACGCCCAAAUGAACGAUGAAGACCUGAAAGCGAUUUGGGCGUAUCUCAGGACGAUUAAGCCUGUCAAAAACGAAGUGAGUUCGCCGUUAAAUUCACGAGGUCGUCCGUAUUAA